AUGUCAUUAAGAAUAAUUCCUAAUAAUCAAAACGAAGGGUCAGUAAACACCACCAAAUUCGGAGAUGCAGCCGAACAUGCACCAGGAUUACAAGAUAUCUUACGUACACAAGAAGGACCACUUAACAUUGCCCUGAAAUUAAACAAUCGUCAUCCAUUGGAAGGUAGAAUAACCAAUUGGGACCAAACACAACAAGAUACCAAACUAGAGAUGUAUAGAAGAGUAUUUGGAGCUGGUGAACCAAUUAAACGUACUAUGGAAUUAGAGAUAAUUGAAGCUACUGAUUUCAAACCUAGUGUGUUGGGUGGUGUUGAUGGUAUGCAUAGAGAUAUGUUGUUGAAUAGGGAUAGUACUGUUGAUUGGGAAGAUGUUUAUCCUGGAGGAUUUGAGAGUGGGAAUAAUGUUAAGGAUUUCCAUACUGAAAUGGAAAAAAAGAUGGGAAUUUAA